AUGUCCACGACCACGAGGCCUAUAUGCCAUGUGCUUGCAAAGCCUUUGAUCAACAAAAAUGAAAAAUAUCAUCCCGCCAAAGAAAACCCCAAAAUCCCGCCCUUUCUCCUCCAACCAUCCUUGCCACCCUCCUUUUCCUCUCUCCUCCUCCUGCCUCCUCCCUCCUCCGCCAGCAAAUUUUCAGCCAUGGCAGAUCCAAUUACAGACUACACAAAAACCCAACGCAUCCUCCUUCUCAUAGACCUAGCCCCACUUCUCCACUACUCCCCAAACCCUUACAUCACUUCCCUUCUCUCUUCCAUCAAACCCCUUCUCUCUUUCCCUCCCCUUUCCACUUCUCUUUUCUCUUUCAAACUCUUCUUCUCCUCCCUUUCCCCUCUUCUUUCCUCUUCAAAACUCCCCUUCUCUCCUCUUUCCCUCUCCUUUGACCACCCAAACAACACACUUCACUCUCUCUCGACUUCUAUCUCUUCUCUCUUGCCUAAAAUUGAGCAAUCAUCCUUCUCUUCGCUUUCUCCGAGAGCAAUCCACGUGGCUUCUAUGUUGCGGGAGAUACUUCAUGAGUAUGCCUGGGACUCUGAUUCGUGUGAUUCUUUCAUGGGUAUGUCUCAAAAUUCUGAUUCUUUUGUUAUUAAGUCUAAUUUGGUUAUUCUGUUUUCGUCGAUUUUGAGGUCUUUUAAGUGGGUUUCGGAGUUUUUUAAUGUGGAAUUGAAUGGUGGGUGUUUGAGAGAUGGGAAUUUGUUUGAUGAGAAGUUUUGUGGGGUCUUUGGGAGUGUUAAUGAAGGGUUUGCCGGUAAAGACAUUCACUUUAGUUGGGUUGAUGUGAAAUGUGAAGUUGGAUGCGUUGGUUUUGAUGAGUCCGAAGUGGCUUUUGAGUUUUUUGAGAAGGGGAUUAAGGGUUUAGGUUGGGGGUUUUGUUCCAGUGAUUCUAUUGUUUUAGGUUCUGCCCUUGUUCCUUUUGGUUUGAUUUAUCCUAAGAUUGGUGUUUCUCAAAAAGUUUUUGAUUUUAAUGCUUGUUGUAAAAAAGUUUCCUUGCAAUUGUGUCUUGAGAUAUUAGAUGUGAGUGAAAAGCCUUUGGAAUGUAAGUGUUGUGAUCUUGAAUUGGUUAACUUGGACAUGUUUUCUAGAUUUAGCCAGAAAUUCAUGGAUUCACAAACAGGUAGUUGUGAACGAAAGAAAAUAGUUUUGGAAGAUUUAGGUGGUGAAAUUGGGAAAUUACAUGUUAAGGCAGUCCAUAUGUAUAAUAAAGGUGUAAAAUUUGAGGGGUCAUUAUCGGAUCCAAUCCUCAUACGUGAGCUUUCAGGGGAUUUUGAGGAAGAUCGAAAAGAAAAUUGCAGUGAGUUGUUUGAAGUUAAGGUCCUGGAAAUGUUGGGAAUUGAAAUGGGUGAGUUUGUAUCUAGAAAAUCCACGCCCAUCUGGCAAAUUCUCUUGAGUUUUCUUUACAGAGAAGGUUAUUGGGCUUUGGUUUCUCUUUCAAAGUGUGAUGGGAACUCUGUUACAGGAAUCCUCAAGCCUUUCACAGUUUCUUCAGCUCUCUUCUUUAUUGUAGAAGAUGAAUUUCACCCUCAUGGUGUCGCAGGUAAAUUUGAUGGAGUUAGUUUGGGUCAAGUUGUUAAGAAAAAUGAGGGUUGCAUACCAAAAAUCAAUUUGAGCCACUCCCAUGGACUUAUUCUUUCUCGUUCUGGGCACUCACCAUCUGCUAAGUGUGCUGAACUAGGAGGCAGUAAAAAGAAGAAGAAAAAAAGGAGUUUAAAUAUGCUUCAGGAACUGACGUGGACUGUGUUCUGCAAGGCUGCACUGGAAGAUUUUCAGAUAGACUUAGGAGAGGUUUAUCUAGCCAGGGGAUGCAAUAAGUCAAAGAAGUUGAAAUUCCUGAAAUGCUGGAUGAAACAGAUUAAGAAAUCUAGCUAUUGUAGCUGGGCCAUGCCAGACAGUUCCGAUCCAUGUCAGCACAUCACAAAAGAAGUACAUGACAGAUUAAAUGCGUUGCCUCCGGAAAGUGAACAGCCAGUAGCUUCUUGUGCUUCAAUGGGAGAGGAUUCUAUGACAGGGGCAUCCAGAAUACAGGAUGAAGUUGCUCUUGAUUUUUGCUCAGAAACUUUGGAAAGUUUUUUCAGUGACCUUCCCCACAAAAUCCAGCAAGGGCUUGAGUCUGAAGUAGUAGACCUAGGGACAUUGGCAGAGCGGCUGGUUAAUGCAUCUAUUUAUUGGUUAUAUCAAAAGUGUGAAAAGGAAAUGACCUCAGAGAAUCAAACCACCGAUAUAAAAUCUGGCAAUGCUUCUGCUACUGUAGUUGCUAUUGAGCUAACUAAACUUCUACUUAAGGAGCCUAAAGAUUUGGCUGCUAUUUACAAAAAUAACGAGGCAUCUAACCUUAGUCCUACUGAGACUACAUCAGAAAAUAUAGUUAGAGAAUAUGAACUACAGAUUUUGUUCCGUAUGGAGAUACUGCAAUCAGAGGUUGGAGCAAGUAUUGGAGAGACUACAAAACAUAGGUUUGUGAAACAUAUUUGCUUGCUUUUAGAGACCAUUCAAUGCCAUCUGAAGGGAGGCUUUUUUGGUGAUUGGAGCCUUGAUGCAUACGUGGGAAAGAUCAUAAAAAGCAGGUACUCUCAGAGUCUUGGUGGUGUUGUUCACAAAAUCUAUGAAAAAAUGGAUUUAUUGGUGUUUUCUGAGGAAGAUGAAUUACCUAAUUGUGUCCUCAACAGUGAGGACAAUAGUCAACCCCAAAGAGAAGAAACAGAGCGAGAACAAAUGGAUGAUGAUAAUAAUAGAAUUAAGAACACAGUCUCAGCAGCAGAUGAGUCCCUUCGACAGGUGGAAACUGAGUGUCAAAGCCCCCAAGGGAUGAACCAGGAGGAGCAUGCUCGAAAACUAGUUGAAGCUCAAGCAAGGAGACAAAGGGCUCGAAGAUUUGCAUCUUUCACUAGCUGGGUUCCAGAUUUGCAGAGAGUUUGGGCACCAAAGCAGCCAAAGGCAGUGAAGCCGAAGUCAGAUCCUCUACGUAAGCUGGCAAAAAGAAACGAACAAAGAAGGACUAGCUAUGAUGUGGUUUUAGACACCCCAAUGACUGGAAACAAACGUUCAUGCAAUGAAGGAAUCAGCAGUGAAGACAGGAACGGCCGAGAUUAUGGGACUUCCUUAUGUGGUUCUGUUUCUAAGGCUUUGUUUCAAGAUGAUGACUCAAGCUAA